AGGAGCCUGAUAUCACUCCUCCUCCGACGACGAGCGCGCCAGAAGCUUCGAGAAUCUUCCGGAAGAAAAGAGAGACCUCGCCAGCCUUCUGAAGAUGGACGGCCCCUUCGCCAAGAAGCAGUGCGUCAACGACGUGGAAAUGAAGAGCAGCAAGUUGCACGAGAAGCCGACGCUGAUGGAGGGCGGACAGUACAUCCUGGAGGGCGACGAGGAGGCCAAGAGCACCACCAUCAUCUUCUCCAUGACGGAGGAGGUCGGCGCCCUGGCCAACGCCCUCAAGAUAUUCCAGGCGCACAACGUGAACCUGCUGCACAUCGAGUCACGGCCGUCGCGGCGCGAGGCCAAGUACGAGUUCAUGGUGGAGUGCGACUCGUCGACGGGCAACCUGGGCUCGGCCAGAGCAGUCAGGAAGCAGUGCUCCUACUUCCAAGUCAUCUCCAGGGACCACCACAACAACAAAGACACCGUCCCCUGGUUCCCCCGCAAGAUUAGCGACUUGGACCGAUUCGCCAAUCAGAUCUUGUCCUACGGCGACGAGCUGGACGCCGACCAUCCCGGAUUCACCGACCCCGUCUAUCGCACCAGGAGGAAGAUGUUCGCUGACAUCGCCUACAAUUACAAGCACGGGCCGAGCCGAUCCCCCGUGGAGUACAGCCGGGAGAUCGACACGUGGGGCACCGUCUUCAGGAACCUCACCAAGCUGUACAAGACGCACGCCUGCAGAGAGCACCAGAACGUGUUCCCGCUGCUCAUCGAGAACUGCGGCUACAGGGAGGACAACAUCCCGCAGCUCCAAGACGUUUCUGAUUUCUUGAAAGACUGCACGGGCUUCACCCUCCGCCCCGUCGCCGGCCUCCUCUCCUCACGUGACUUCCUGGCCGGCCUCGCCUUCCGGGUCUUCCACUCCACGCAGUACAUCCGCCACCCCAGCCGCCCUCUGUACACGCCCGAGCCCGACAUCUGCCACGAGCUGCUAGGCCACGCCCCGCUCUUCGCCGACCCCGCCUUCGCGCAGUUCUCCCAGGAGAUCGGCCUAGCCUCGCUCGGGGCCCCCGACGAGUUCAUCGAGAAGCUCGCCACCUGCUACUGGUUCACGGUGGAGUUCGGUCUGUGUCGCCAAAACGGGGAAAUCAAAGCCUACGGCGCCGGCCUGCUCUCCUCCUUCGGCGAGCUGGAGUACUGCAUCUCCGACAAGCCCGAGCUGAGGCCGUUCGAGCCCUCCAAGACAUGCACGCAGAAGUACCCGAUCACCGAGUACCAGCCGGUGUACUACGUGUCCGAGAGCUUCGAGGACGCCAAGGAGAAGUUAAUCCAAUUCGCCGCCACCAUCCCCCGCCCCUUCUCCGUGCGCUACAACCCCUACACGCAGUCGGUGGAGAUCCUGGACUCGAAGCCGCAGAUCCAGAGCCUGGUCCGCGAGAUGAGCUGUAACAUGCAGAUCCUUAUGGACUCCCUGAUCAAGCUUAGUUAGGGGGAGGCUGAGUGGUGAGCCGUGCGUGUUGUAGGUGCUUUGGAAGUGAAUCUGAAUAUAUAUAUAUGUGUGUGUAUAGAUGUGGAAUUGAGAUGAUAAUAUAAUGAAGCGUGUAGGUUAUAGUAGAGAGAAGAAGAAAAAGAAAUAAGGUGAAUUGGUUUGGAAAUAGGGUAAAAAUCCUUCGAGGUGAUGCUUGAGUAUUUUUUUACUUAACCUUGUUCUUGAGUGGCGACUGAAUACGCACGCUAGGAUGAUAAUGCAAAUUGAUAUUACACACUUACGAAUAACAUAAUAGAAAAAAAAAACAAAUUAUAUCUGAUGAUGAACAGACAGGUAAUAAAAUACGUAUUCAGUAACGACUCCACAAGGGCUUCGCAAACUGAAGAAUCUUAUGAAUAUUCUCUCUUAACCUUAACGCAUUUGAUAAAAAAAGAGACAAAAAUAAUUCACAGUUGAAAUUUUGCUCAGUUGCUAACUUGUAUAUUAAGUAGUAGUCUGUAGGCGAGGUUGUGUCAUUUGCGUUGGAAGUAAAUAGGCCUAAAAAGUCUCUGAUGCGUGGAUUGGGUCCCCUGCCCCGUCUUCUGUGUAAAAACUGCUGUGUUUGUAUAUAUAGAAUAAAUCUUAAGCCCCACAGAGUGUAGUUUGGCUGUGGCUGUGCAAUAUUAUUAUGUAAUUAAGCAUGUAUCGACAUUAUUUUGAAUCUAUAAUAAAUGCUGUUACGCAAU